GUCUGAGGGAUGUGAGGUGCACUGGGGGACUCGAAGAGGGCGAUGCUCCUCUCAGCACAAGAGGAGGCUGCUUCUGUCCAGACGCUUCCCAUUUGCUGGCGGGAUUGCCAGGCCUCAGACUCCUGCUGUGAGGCCAAGUGAGCUCAGUUCUCGCUCAGAUUUCCAGAGCUGUGGACGGGGUUCACAUUGCCUACAUGUGAGCUUCAGCCAAGACACUCCAACAGGGAUUCUGCCCUCUGAAUGCCUUCGGAUGCCUCAGUCCUAUCCUGAUCACAGCCCACUGGGUUUUGUGAUGAACAGGGAAACAGCAUGAAAGAAAGCAAUGGCCCCAAAGGAGGAACUUGUGAUUGACACAAAUGGGGAUGUUCCCUUAGGGGCAUCAUAUAUUGUCAAAGAAUCCAGACCCCAAGUUACUGAUUUCCCCACCAGUUUACAUGUUACAGAAAGUAGAUGUGCUUCAGUUUCCUACAGUUUUACAGUAGGAAAUUGAUGCUUCGGGAAAGGAAGCUGUAUGCUCUGGACGUAGCAGGUUUCUUUUGGAAUUCACACACUGGGAGUCUGGCGCUAUCCCCUAAAUGGUACUUUUGUUGUCUUUUUGUUCAAGACAGCAAGCUUCUUCCAGGAUCAGAACUGUCUGCCAGCCUCUCUGGAUAAACAGCCCACCAGCUCUCUUGGUAGAUGAGAUGUUUAAUGAUUAGCCUAACUCAUUGUUUAUCUAAGUGGCAAUUAUCACCGUGAUGAAAUAGUAUUUUAACUGCAGGGGAAGCAUUACGGAUAGCUCCCAAGGAGAAUCUACUGGCUGGGAAUGGCCAACGGAGCUUCCUAUACACGGAGGAGAGGACCACUUCAUCCUGGCUGGCAGAUCUCUGAGUCUGAGAUGCUAUCAUUAGAUGCUGCUCCAAAGACCUAAGGAAAUGUGCCCUGGAGAAGUGUAUGGUCCCAGUCCUUCUAACUGAGGCUCAAUGGCCCAGCAAAAUAUGAAAGUGCGGCCUGUGCUUCUAAAGCGUAACAGCCUAGAGUCAGUGGAGUUCGUGAAACAACCUCAUCAUCGCAGGAGCAAAUCUCAGCAGGUACGGUUCAAGGAAGAUGGGACCAGUAAGACUCCACCUGGCCUAGCUGAGGUGGAUGUGCAAGCUUCUGAGGACCCAGCUGUGAUGGGCAAGACUCAGGCCUCCAGGCACCAUCACCUCCCCACCUACUCACUCUCCUUCCCCAGGCCCCAGAAGGCAGGGGGCUUUCAGAACAUUGCGAUCCAAACCUCCCCCAGUCUCAGGAAGCAUUUCCCAGUUUUCAAAAGGAAGAGACUCACAGCCAGCAAGUCCCUGGUAGAAAUGCCAACAGCCUCCCAAAGUGCCAUCCAGGUCAACGGCAACCUCUCCGAACAGGACAUUGUAUCCUCGGACCUUGCCUACUUAAGAUUGGCUCAGCAUCUUGAGGAUGGGCCUCGAAGAGUCAAAGUGUCCCACCCGUUUCCUCCUAGAAUGUCCAAGGUGCAAAGCAAUGGGCCUAUUAGCGUAUGCUUGGAAGCAGGGACUUGGAAGGUCUCAGAGAAAGCAACGGCUGCCAUUCAGGUCCCAGAUGACAUUUACCACAGCCCUACCUGGGCAGCUAGAAAGUCCACUUUCAGUUCGGACAGGCCAGGUGACCUGAGCAACUCCGUACAUCCUUUGGUGGACGUGUGUCCCGGUGAUGGGAAAACAGUGCCACUCUCAGAUUCAGAAAGAUCCCCUCCCUGCUUAAAUGCCACCAGCGAUGCCAGCCACAUGCCAGGCACGGGGAAACUUAAACCUGAAUUGCUUUUGCCCAAAGACAACGCUGAGGACAAAGACCUUGGCCCACUGUCAUCUCGGUCAAAGGAAACGUGGAUCCCGUCCCCUCCACGGACUCACAGCGCCCCCUCACCAGGCUCUCACAGCCAGCCCGCCCAUUCGGGAGGGGCUACAGACUGCUCCUCGGCAAGUAACAAUCACCAGGAUCUGCUGUCCCUCAAAACUAACGGCGUGUCAAUUUCUGCCCCCGCGUGUCGGGAACAGACGCCAAAGAACCCCACCCAGUCAGACACCAUGGAGUUUCAGAAUUGUUCGGGGAGCAGUCACCUCCCGUCUCCUCCUCCAAGAAGGGAGGCCAAACCUCAGAGGGACAGAGAGACGGGUGGGAUUAAUCCAGUUCACCUGGCACAGGGGGAGCUCUGUGACCUCCAAGGCCGGCUGCAGUCCGUAGAGGAAUCACUGCACUCGAACCAGGAGAAGAUUAAAGUCCUUUUGAAUGUAAUCCAGGACUUGGAGAAAGCUCGAGCUCUCACAGAAGGGCGCAACUUUUAUCGAACUGGUCAAGAUCUCAACAAUUGCAGUACCUGCCAGAACACGGCGUGCAUCAUAUACAGUGUAGAAUAUGAUUUUCGGCAGCAGGAAGGCAGGUUCCAUGAAGUUCUGCAGAGUCUGGAGGAAGCGGAACCAGUGGAGGAGGCAUCUCCUCCACCAAAGUCCCCAGCAGAACCCCCAGCCCCUGAGAAACAGGACUUAAGGAGGAAGACCAAGAAAGUGAAGAAGAAAUGCUUCUGGUGGAUCUGAGCUUGUUGGGUCCGUUCCCUUUGCCUCCCCCAGAUACCUCCCCAAGGUGGGGAAACCACUGCCCUCAGGCCUUCUCUACUUCUUAGCACAGGCCCCAGGUGGUUAGCCAUUUAACUUGUGAAAUGGGAAAGACUCGGGCUGGUUUAACUGCUGCUGGACACCUGACCACUAAUGUCACCUGAAUUGAGUGAUGCUGCUUGCUGAGGACUUCAUGGACCCUAGAGUGACCACUCGCCUAGCUUGCUGUCACACAUGACCAGGCCACAUCCUUUGAGAGUCUAGUUUCCCACCAUGAGCAAAACCCUAUGACAUUUUCCAACACCUCCAUGAUGCUAAACACUUCCUUCCCAUCCUGGGUACAUCAUCCCAAAAGAAAAAAAAAAAAUGUUGUGCAUGACAGGAAGAUAGAGGAGCAUUAUAAGCAGAUACUCUAGAAAAAAAAAA